CAAGAUGGUUGGUACAGCGAAGAUUACGACUACCAUGGCACGAGAGUCGACGAAACGAAGAUCUACAGCGACACGGAAUACCAUCCGAGUACCACGACCAGCACUUCGAGACAACGAGGCCCUUACAGAAGACCGUCUUUGGAAAGACAGAUGACUUUAUACGAUGAUCAUUCUUACUACACUGACGGAUAUAGCAGCGACGGGAGAGUGGGGAAAAUGAGCGCCACGUAUCCUGAAUGCCAAACGGACAUUAGGUACAAUGAGUAUUACGAUAGCACCACAGGAUAUGGUUAUCAAGAUGAAAGGUAUGGUCAAGACGACGAAGACAGACAAUGGGACAGCGGAGGGAAGUGGUACCUGGGGACUAGUACCCAUUACGAGAACAAACGGAAUAGAAGAAUGCUUCCGCAGAGGCCUGCAUCUAGUAUCGGUAUUCAUCGACCCGAUUACAGACCAACAAUUACCCGACAACGCAGUUACGAAUCGGAGGAACUCAAUUACAGUGGUCACAGCGCUCGUCGUCGAAAACCGCUUCAACUACAACAACGACCGCCGUUUCGAAUGGAAGGAACAGGAAAGAAACUACCUCCGACACCAACAAAACCAAGCAAUGUUAUUAUCAAUCGUAAGCUUCCCUCCCUACCUGCCACACCGAGCAGGCAACUGCCAAAGAUUAGACCUCCUUCCGAGGAGAGCUACUACAAGUCUGACUACAACGAGGACUAUAAUUACGCUUAUCGCAGCCAAGAUAAUUUACCUCAGGAUACCUACAUUGACAGUAUAUAUAGCGAGCAGAGUGGUUACGACCAAAUGCACGCGCCUGGCAAAACUCAAUACGCUGAGGAUAGUCAAUACGGGUCCAGUUACACGCCCCAGGUCGACGACCAGUACACUCGUUCGUAUCAAGAGCCACAGACACAGGAUACGUACGAUCAAUCGUAUUUACAAAACUCGUAUAAGGACGAGUUUCAGAAGCCUUACGUGCAGCAGAACGCUCAGGUUUAUCAGGAUACGUAUCAAGACGUGGCAUAUCCGAACGCGAGUCAGCCGAAUGAUCAAUACACUAGCCAACCGAACGAUCAAUACAGGGAAACUAGCCGAGAUAUGAUAAUAGACGAUAAUUAUCAGGUGAUGGGUUACGACCAGAAUAACGUACAAUAUCAGGAUAGGAAGACGAUGCCUGCCUACGAAGAAGAUACGUAUCAAAAGCAAUACGAUGGUUACAACGUCUCCGUGCCAUCGAGCGUAUACGACCAAAAUAACGUGACAAAUACGUACAAUCAGUACCAACAACAAGAAGAGCAAUACAAUUCCCAGUACAAUAUAAACACGUCGACAGGCUAUCAGAAGACUCAUCCGGAAACAUAUAACACGGAAGCCUACAGUCAGGAUACUUACAACCAGGAC